AAAAUAAUAAAAGAAUAAAACAUAAUAAAAUACAAUUCUCACAGUGAGAAUUGUAUUUGCCCCUAAAUUAAAUAUUCUGAUUCUUGAAGUGCGUGCAGCUGAAACCCAAGGAGCCCAAUGUGUUCGCGCGCCAGCGCACGUAGGCUCGGCCACGUGGACCUGCCAAGCCCCGCCCACCGCCUCCCAUUGGCUGACACCUCCAGACGAGAGCACGCCCCCUCACCAAAACCACGCCUUUGUGGGCGGGGCUUCAGCCAGCCACUGUAGGUCACGCCCCCGCGCGUGACGUCACUCGCGUCUAAGAUAUAAAAGGCCGGGCACACGUGCGACCUGUGGCUGUUAUUGAUGCGGAGGGUGGCGGUGGAGGAGCCGUGUUGGAAUCCGACCAGGGGUGGUUGACCGAAGGUUUUAGUACAUCUUGUACGUACAGGGGCAGUGACGAAGACAGAAUGCUUCUGCUCGAGUACAACGGCGAGCCGCUGGCUGUGUCCCGCUUGCUGGAGCCCAGCGAUAGUUGGGACGCGGCCCCGGCAGGGCACACGCCGGCCCACCUCGCGGCUCGAGGAGGGCACGCGCAUGGCCUCUUCAUGUUCCUGCAGGCCGGCAGCGACGUCAACUCGCAGGAUCAUGUGGGCGAGACCGUUAUGCACAAGGCUGUGCGAUCGGGCAGUGCAGCGUGCGUGGGGCUCCUCCUGUCAUGCGGGGCCCAUCUACAGUUACAGGAGGACCCUCCGGCAGGAGUGAGUGGGGCGCCCUCAGAAAACAACAUUAUGCUGUGGAACGCAGUUAUAUUUGGGCCCGAGGGAACUCCGUUUGAGGAUGGAACGUUCAAGCUGACGCUGGAGUUCACGGAAGAAUACCCUAACAAGCCUCCCACAGUGAAAUUCGUGUCAAAAAUGUUUCACCCCAAUGUGUACGCAGACGGCAGUAUAUGCCUGGACAUCUUGCAGAACCGGUGGAGUCCAACCUAUGACGUAUCCUCCAUCCUCACCUCCAUUCAGUCUCUGCUGGAUGAGCCCAACCCCAACAGCCCUGCCAACAGCCUGGCAGCACAGCUGUACCAGGAGAACAAGCGCGAGUACGAGAAGAAGGUGUCCGCCGUCGUGGAGCAGAGCUGGCGGGACUCGUAACGGUGGCGCAGCGGCUCGCCACGCCACCAUGCCACCACGCGGGACUUUUGUAGAAAUGGGAGCAAUUGUCGGGGGGGAGGUUUGGUGGGGGAGAAGGGGAUGCGAGUGAAAGAGUGCAGGAGGGAAAAAAAUAAAAAUACAGCAUGUCAGCAUCUCUUAGGUUGGAAAGUAAUUGGCAAAUGUUUAACCGAAUUUGAUCCCUUAAUUCAGUGUAUUACGAUAACAAGACUAACAAUGACGGUCGUGGUAACCUCUGUCCAGCUCUUGUAAUCAGAAUCUGCUUCAUUUGAAUCGUGUGAUGUGUAGCGCUAAAGCCGCAUUGAAUGGGUGGAAGGGGUGCAGAGUUUCUGUGAUGGCGUUGACAUCCUCGUAUCCCAAAGUGAGCCGAGUGGGUAGGUCGUCACGCUGGUGGUGGCCGUGUAAGAUGAUGGCGUGUCGCAGCGUCGCGUCACGUUGUUCCAUUGCAGUUGCACGUCGGACCCGCCUGCCUGCUCGCACGCUCGCUUCACAAACCGUCCCAUUUGCCGCUUCUGCUUUUUGGCUUGGCCAAAAAAACAUUUUUAUUUCAUGCAUAAUGAGUGCAGGUAUCGCCUGCCCUUGCUUUAAUUUUUGGACGUCUUUAGAAGUAUAUAUUAUGUAUUUGCUGUGUGUCCGACCCAAUCCUCUCUCGUCGGCGUUGCCGUGUGUUGCCCACUGAAAGAGAAUCCCCUAAAGGGGAGCAAAGAACUUGGUGCGCGACAAAAAUUGCCGCCGUGUUGCUAAAAUGGUCGCUUUCACGAGAGGGGGGUGCCUGUCCUGUUCGCUUUUUGCUGGGCUCAUUGCCGUGUAUUGUUCCGGAGCCUAUUCCCAAGUGGUGUUUAUGUUUGAAAAACGAAGAGAACUUCAUACGUCUUUGCACUUUGAUUUAAAGCUGUACAAUUUCCUUCAGGGUGGAAGGAAAAAAUAAUAAAUCUGUUGAAACCUCGUGAA